ACCGUACCAACAGCAUCGAGGGUGCGGUUUUAUAUUACUUCCCACGCUUCUCUAUCGAGUUCGGUCGAAUAAACGCACACACACGCUCAUACGUCCGUUGUUUAUCAACCUUCAGGAUCGCGCGAGUACUGCGAGGUGUAGUUAACGAGGUUGCAUCGGGCCCACCUCGACGCGCGGUUUUCCAUCGAUAUAUCGAUCAGCGGAGUCGCAUCAAGGUCGCCUGGCACGCGCUGCUACAACUUCUACUCCCGAGUGGUGGGGGGGUUCGGGCCAGACCUUAAUGGGGCUCAAGGAGGAGAGCGUCCUGCCCAUCAUGCUGAGCGUGCAGCAGCAGCAUCACCACCACGGCCUUCACGGCACCUCGAGCGCGCAGACCCAUCGUGGCAACGUGAUUGUCUCCACCAAUAGCAUGCCGGCCAACAACAACAACAAUAGCGGCACCAUGCAGCACGGAUGCAAGCGAUCCAAAAUCUACGGUCAGCCCACUGGACCCUACAGUACGGUGCCGCAUCAGCCCGCCUCGGUGGCCAGGCGAAACGCGCGCGAACGUAACAGAGUGAAGCAGGUGAACAACGGAUUCGCCACCCUGAGACAACACAUACCCCAGAGCGUGGCGCAGUCCCUAGGGAGUAACACGGCCGGGACUCAUGGUGGUUCCAGAGCCGGCAGCAAGAAGCUGUCGAAAGUGGAGACCUUGAGAAUGGCGGUGGAGUACAUCAGGAGUCUCAAGCGUCUGCUGGAGGAGCACGACGGCAACAACGAGUCCAGUGGAUCCUCACCGACUUCUUCAACGUCCUCCAACUCGCCUAUGUGUGGUUCCGAAAACGGGGUCGGCUCCGACUCUGGCCAUCAUCCGGCGGAGCUCAGACUACGCGGUAGCGUCACCGGGGAGGUCCACCAUCACGAUAGUCCACACGGAUCCGACCUACAUCGGCACCAACACCUCAGGCAGAACCCAAGCCCGACCUUCGUCCCUACGACGUGUUCGGAGGCGUCGAGUUCUCCAACGCCGAGCUUCGUCUCCGAGACCUCGUCGGCCGGGAGCCAAGGCUACAGCACGUCGGGCACGCUUUAUGCGAUGCAUUCCGACAGUUACGACAAUUACGAGCCGAUGAGCCCGGAGGACGAGGUGUUGCUGGACGCCAUCACCUGGUGGCAACAGAGUCAAUGAAGACGUGUUCACGUCAAUUUCGUCGCGGGCUCUUCCUUCUCAAGCAACGAGUGCAAGAGGAGGAUCGGGUCGAAAGCAAGUAUGAAUCGUACAGGGGAAGAUUAAGAACCACCGGAAGCAAUUGCUGUGAUCUAGUCAUAGUAUUUCUGUAUUUAUCACCUCCAGAGCGGAUACAUGGUCGAUGUAUGAAAUCCUCCGAAAAUGUAUUAUCACUAUCUC